AUGAUGGUCUUUCCGGUGGAGAUUGAGGGUUUCCAAUAUGAUGAGGACUCCAAAACAUAUUUCUACCCCUGCCCCUGUGGGAAUAACUUUUCCAUCACCAAAGAUCAAUUUCUGUGUGGAGAAACAGUCUCAGGUCCUUCAACCAACAAAUAA